GCCCUCUGUCAUAUUAGAAGAGGAGGAAGAAGAGCCUGCGCGCUCUGCGUUCUGGGUAGGACACUUUCAAGUCGGCCAUACCUUGUCCUGUCAGAAGGAGAGAAGGAGAGAUGAUAGGAAUACGGGGAAUAAGUCAGUUAUGGACUCGGCUUUACAUGGUCCAGUCCUGUAAGGUGGAGUUCCUUGGGGCCACCAAACAUGUGAGAUUUCACUCACAGAAUGUGCAGGUGACAAGACUGCCCAGUGGAUUGGUGAUUGCCUCACUGGAGAACUAUUCCCCAGCUUCCAAGAUUGGCGUCUUCAUUAAGGCUGGCUGCCGUUACGAGACCCCUGACAAGCAGGGGGUCACCCACGUCCUCCGAUUGGCCUCUAACCUGACGACCAAAGGUGCUUCUGCUUUUAAGAUAUGCUAUGGUAUCGAGGCAGUGGGAGGAACUCUGAGUGUAACUGCAUCCAGAGAGAACAUGGUCUACACUGUUGACUGCUUGAGGGAUGACAUUGACACAGUGAUGGAGUAUUUGAUUAAUGUGACAACAGCCCAAGAGUUCAGGCCAUGGGAAGUGUCAGACCUUACAGCCAGAGUGAAAACAGACAAGGCCCAAGCUGCACAGAAUGCUCAGAUAGCUCUGAUUGAAGGUCUGCAUUUAGCAUCCUACAAAAAUUCCCUCUCUAACUCCUUGUACUGUCCAGACCAUAUGGUUGGUAAUAUCCAUUCUGAACAUCUGCAUCAGUUUGUUCAGAACAAUUUCACAAGUUCAAGAAUGGCUCUCAUUGGAAUUGGUGUUGAUCACACUGUGCUGAAGCAAGUGGGAGAGCAAUUUCUGAACAUACGCAGUGGAGUGGGCACUACAGGGGCCAAAGCUCAGUAUCGAGGAGGUGAAAUCCGCCUGCCCAGCAGCAGCAAUCUGGUCCACUCAGUUAUAGUGAGCCAGUCAGCAGCGGCGGGCACCAACGAGGCUCUGACCUACAGUGUGUUGCAGCAUUUAUUAGGAGCCGGUCCACAUGUUAAGAGGGGAUCCAGUGCCGCGAGCAGACUUGUUCAGGGUGUUGCCAAGGCAACCACUGACCCUUUUGAUGUCAGUGCUUUUAAUACAAGCUACUCUGACUCUGGUCUGUUUGGGGUCUACACCAUUUCCCAAGCUGCAGCUGCUGGUGAUGUAAUUAAGGCUGCUCUUGCUCAGGUGAAGGCUGUUGCUGAUGGUGGAGUCACAGCCGUCGACCUCACUCGGGCCAAGACCCAGCUAAAGGGGCACUUCCUCAUGGCUCUGGAGACAUCAGAUGGUUUUCUAGAAGCCAUCGGCACUCAGGCUCUUGCAGAUGGAUCCUACCAAUCCCCCGAGGAAAUGUCCAAAAAGAUUGACAACAUCUCUCUGUCUGACAUUGCCAAUGCUGCCAAGAAAUUUAUUUCUGGAAAGAAGGCCAUGGCAUCUAGUGGCAACCUCUAUAAAACACCCUUCAUGGAUGAAAUCUAAAGAUGUCCUCAUCACCUCAUACUGUCGCUGUCACAAUUUAUUUUGACUACGAAAUAAAAAUGGAGAAAAAAAACAUUUUCCAGAGUUACUGUAUGAGACAACACUACAGGUUAUUAAAAGGUUUAACAAUAUACAUUCAGAUGUUGAUUAUUUUCCACUUAACUGUAUAGCUGAUGAAUAAAUAUAAUCACCUUGUGGAGA